CACUUUUGGCCAGGGGCUAUAAGUUAAGUGGCCAGUCACUGGGCCAAGUUCAGUCGAGUCCAUCAGCAGUCAUAGUAAAACAGUGGAGUUGAAAAAUGGCACAGCAGGAAUACAAACUCCUGGGGGAUAAGCUUUUUACCUAUAAGGGCAUCGUGUUUCCCGCGGACGACACUCAGGAAACAUCGCCGGAUUACAUCGACAGCUUGCAGGACUUUGACAUCAGGGACAGCGAUGUGUUUGUGGUCACCUUCCCCAAGUCUGGCACGGUGUGGACGCAGCGUAUUGUCACUCUCAUAUUCGAGGAAGACUUCCCGGACAUGGCGGACACCAACCAAUUUGUGCGCAUGCCCUGGCUGGAGUUCCUGGAAAAGGGCAAGGAGUACCACUCGCGCCCCUCACCCCGGCUCUUCUGCUCGCACCUGCAAGAACACCUCAUGCCUCGGGCCCUGCACCAGCCGCGCGGCAAGAUCAUCUAUGUCACAAGGAAUCCCAAAGAUGCCAUGGUGUCCUAUUUCCACUUCGCCAAAUUCAUGAAGAAGCUGGACUCUCCCUCAGACUAUGAUGAGAUGCUGGAGAAGUUCUUCACCGGGUACAUGGUCGGGGGAUGCUGGUUUGAUCAUGUGAAAGGAUGGUACACUAACAAGGACAAGUACAACAUCUUGUUUCUCACAUUUGAAGAAAUGAUCAAGGAUCUGAGAGCAGCUGUUGUGAAGAUCUGUAAUUUCGUUGGCAAGAAACUGUCUGAUGCAGCAGUGGACAGUAUAGUGGAGAGGGUCACUUUCAAGAACAUGAAGAAUGACAAAAUGGCAAACUACGAGUUCCUUCCGGAUGAAGUCAAAGAUCCCACUAAGGGACGCUUCCUGCGUAAAGGCACCAUCGGAGACUGGAAGAACACCCUGACGGUGGCCCAGAGUGAACGCUUCGACCAGGUCUACCAGGAGAGGAUGAAGGGCAUUCCCUUACACUUCAUCUGGGACAUUAAGGACAUACAGGGAUGAACUUUUUAGUGUGGAUUACCAACAUAUGCACGCACACGCGCGCACGCACA